AUCGAUGUUUUUAGCAAAAUUUUCACUUUUUCCAGUGAAAAUUUAAUUUUGCAUUUGUUUUCGGGAAAAUUUGUAAAAAAUCAACAAUAUAUGUGAUCUAUUAGUGCAAUAUUAUAAAAAUAACAACAAAUAUAUUCAAAUACGGUAGAAAUGGGAGCAUUUACCAGCCGUCAAAAUGGUGCCAUUGAGGAGGCUGAACAGAAUGCCAACAACCACGCCUACAAAUAUCCUCCUCGUUCGGGCAACUUUUUUGGCAGUCACUUUAUAAUGGGCGGUGAACGUUUCGACACACCCCAACCUGAAUCCUAUCUUUUUGGUGAAAAUGCCGACCUAAACUUUUUGGGCAAUCGCCCGACUGCAUUUCCUUAUCCUCCACCCCAAGCCAAUGAACCCACAAAGACUUUAAAAAGUUUGGUCAACAUACGUAAAGAGUCGGUACGUUUUGUUAAGGUACCCAAAGAAAAACAGGCCGAUGAUCAGGCUGAUGGUAAUUGUUUGACUGCUGUUACGGGUGAAGAGCAAAAUCCUCCUCCGUGUUUGUACAACAUUGAGUUCACCUUUGACUCGGAUGCCAAAUGUGCUAUCACUAUUUAUUACUUUUGCAGUGAAGAAGUUAGUCCAAGUGGUGUGACUCUAACUCCACGUGAUGGUUUGACCUCGGAGACUUAUCACUUUGAUAAGGGCAUCAAUCAAUACUUUUCCCAACCAACUCAUGUUUUCAAUCCUCAAUUAAUACCAGAAGAUGACUUGAUCUAUAAUCCCGGCAAGGAACAAUAUCCCGUUGCCAUACACUGUGUGGUCGAGGAGGGUAAUGAAGAAUGUCGUCAGUCUCAUACAACAAUUUGUGUUAUUGAUCAUCAUCCGGAAAGUAAUAGUUAUGUUUUAAGGGCCUUAAAACAGAAAAUAUUUGUGGAUGGUUUGUGCUAUUUGCUGCAGGAGAUUUAUGGUAUAGAAAACAAGGCCAUCAACAAAAGUUCAAUUGAUGAAGACUUGGAUGAUCAUGGCAGUGAAUGUGUUAUCUGCAUGAGUGAAACCCGUGACACUCUCAUUUUGCCGUGUCGUCAUUUGUGUUUGUGUUAUUCAUGCGCUGAUUCUCUGCGCUAUCAAGCCAACUGUUGCCCCAUAUGUCGGGCACCAUUUCGCGCUCUUCUGCAAAUAAGAGCUGUACAAAAGGGUGUUAAUAAUCAUGUUUUACAUCAAAAUACUCCCACUUCAGCUGCCGGAGAACCUUUAGCGUGUGAACAUCAAGUACCGCCAGGUUUUAUACCAGUUUCUUUGAUUGAGGCCUUAAAUGGUCCUCCACAAUAUGUGGGUACUCGUCGUGGUGUAGGAGAUGGCAACGAUAUGAUUGAUGGUGGCAAUGGAGGGUCUGUGGUAAAUGGUGCUCCCACCGAACAUCACAAGGCCACUUCUCCCUAUAAGCCCACAAGUCAAAGACGUUCUAAGGGCAAGAAAAAUGCUUCUACUUCAACUAACUCUAAUGAAAUGGCUACCAUGACCAAUAGCAAUUCAUCUUCAAAUGGCGGUACGUCCACACAAGGAAAAGAUAAUUCCGAUGAAUCGGGUACCGAGGUAAAAGUCAUAGAUAAACGUGCUUCACAAGAUAAGCUUCAAAUUGUCAAUGAACGCCACAGUUUAAAAGUACCCAAAUCUCAUAAAAGGCAUUCCAAAACCACAACUGCAAAUCCGGAAAUGACAUCAACUGCUACUAAUACCCAAGAUGAGGGCGACGAUGAUAGUGAAAAUGAAAAGUUAUCACCUUUACUCUCACCUGGCAGCAAAUGUAAGCCCAUACCGCCUCAGUUGGCAAAAUCUCUGACUGCUUCAGAAUUGGAUAAUGAAGCUGAAGAUGAUGAUCAAAAUAGCAUGUUGUCAGAGCCAAUGGUUGAGUUUAAGCCCAAGAAAAGUACUUCAUUUAAGAAGCAUAAAAAGGCUACUGAUAAUAAAUCAGACAAAAUAACCAGUCCUAUUGAGACUACUACAACAUUGGCUCCCGGAGUUAUACCACCACCACCUUCGGCAGUUGUUAAUGAAGAUUCUGACUAUUAUACUCCAGAAGAUCCACAAAAUUCCAUUUUAAGCCCUUUGUGUCCGGAUAAAGCUAAAACACUUGCCAGUGCUGGUGAAAAAUUAAAGAACUCAUUGGUUAAGAAGAAUCUGCAUAAGAAAUCAACAUCAGUAGGUAAUAUUGUGGGUUCCGGUGGCACGGUACUCUCCACUACGGCCUGCUCUACAGGUGCAGUUGACUUGAAAGGCAAUAAUGUCAGCUCUCUACCAGAUAUGUUAGAUAGUCCUGUCAGUGCUACGUCUGCCUCCACACGCAGUUCCAGUGACAGUUAUUCAUCUAGCUCGUCCACCAAACAACUAUUAAGUUCAAAUCCCAAUACCGCAGCAGCGGCUAAUAUCAUAGUGGAUGAUAAAACAUCUUUACAAAAUGCCGUUAAUGUUUAGAUUUUUAACUUGUGUUAAGUGUUUGUCCCUAUUUUAAUGUUAUUAUUAUUAUUUUUAUGCAUCUCUAAAUGUUUAAAUUUAUU